AUGGCAACCAUCAAAGGCACCUGGAAACUCGUACACAGGAACAAAUUGCUUCAACGCUCGUCCCAAACUCUCUCAACACUUGGCGAUCGCGCCUUGAUCUUCGGCGGCGAGCUUCAUCCUCGAGAACCUCGCGACAAUGAUGUGCAUAUCCUCAGAAUCGUUCCUAGGCCCAAUGUCUGCUCUCUACAAGAGUAUGGUAACAGUCCCAGUACGUCGCGCGAGAAUGCUGGCGGCUUGCCUUUGGCACGCGUGGGCACAGCCAGUACCGUUGUAGACGGAAAGAUCUACUACUUCUCCGGUCGUGGUGGUGUAGAAAUGGCACCAAUCGACGAACAAGGAAAGGUCUGGCAAUUCUGCUUUUCCGAUGCUGAUGGUGUGGGCUGGCAUGAAGUUUCCCCUGUCGACAACUCGCAACCAGUACCGGAGCCCAGAAGUUACCAUUGCAUGACAUCGGACAAGACCAACACUCUAUAUCUGCACGCAGGCUGCCCUAAUUCUGGCCGCUUAUCUGAUCUCUGGGCCUUUGAUGUCGAGGACAGGAAGUGGAGGCAGUUAGCUUCCGCACCGGGCGCUCCCAGAGGAGGAACCUCAAUCGCCUUCUCAGAUGGAAAACUUUACCGCAUGGGUGGUUUCGAUGGUAAACAUGAAUUGGGUGGGGAGAUCGACAUCUACGACAUCGCAUCUGAUAGAUGGAGCACACACACCUUUACACCGGAUGGUACCGAAGGUCCUGGCUGCAGAAGCGUGAGCAGUCUCCUUGCUGUCAACGUCCAUGGUAGACCAUCCCUCAUUACUGCUUUUGGAGAGAGUGAUCCAAGUGCUUUGGGUCACGCUGGUGCUGGAAACAUGCUACCCGAUGCCUGGCUCUGGGAUAUCGAGCUCAAGAAGUGGAGCAAGAUCGUCGUAGACGAGGGUGCAGAGAUGCCCCAACCCAGAGGAUGGUUUGCUGCUGAUGUUGUAGUGAUCGAAGGCAAAGAAGGAAUUAUCGUGCAAGGAGGUCUGGCGGAGGAUAACCAGCGCUUGGAUGACGCUUGGGUCUUGACCUUCUGA